AUGCACCCAGAAGAGCAGCUACGAUUGCAAGCUGCUGUGCUGCUGCGUUCUUUAGCUUUUAGAGGCCCCCUGAGCAGCAAGACGAAUGUGUGGGGUUAUCUAUCUGCUGCAGUGCAGCAGCAAGUGCGGCAGCAGCUGCUGCUCUGCUUAGCUAAGGAGAGCAGCAAAACAGUUCGCAGCAACAUCUGCAGCACAGCAGCAGAUCUUGCUGCUGAUUUGCUGCCAGAGGGUCAGUGGGAGGACCUGCUUUCAUCAGUAAUGAGUUUGCUGCUGUCUUCUUCAGCAGCGCAGCAGCAAGCAGCACUGCAGGUCUUGACAGAUGCUGCGCCUUCUCUCUCUCCUUACCUUCAAAAUGAGCAGCAAGUGCUGCAGCUUGCUGCUGCUGUAAGAGCAGCACUUAGUGCUGCUGCUACAGCAGAAACAAAUGUUGAGGCGCUCGCAUUGCUUGUUGCUCUCGUUGAAGACGGGCAGAGAAAUGUAUAUCGGAAGAUAGCAAUAACAGGAGCUUCAGUGUCUCUACUUGUUGUUGCAUGCAUUGAGGCUGCGCUGCGGCAGGCAGCAGCAGAGACAGCGCAGGGGCAGACCCCAGACUUCCAACUCGCAGAAAGGGCGUUGGGGCUGACUGUAGAAUUAGUAGAAGCAGACAGAGGCGGUGGUGCUGCAUUAUUAAAGCCCGACUUAUCUGACUUUCUUUCUUAUCUCACGGCUCUUGCAAACGCAGGAGCAGAAGUACCUGCUCUUGCUGCUGGCGCAAAUGCAGCAGCAGCAGCAGCAGCAGCAGCAGCAGCAACGGCGGCGGCAGGCGCAGCAGCAGCACCACCACCAACAGCAGCAGCAGCAGCAGCAGGUGGUUGUAUUGCUGGGGCUGCAUGCGCUGCAACAGAAGAGCAUGCAGACGGAACAGAGACACUACGCCGACUCGCAAUUGAAUGUUUGCUGUGUUAUGCAGAGACGAAGCCUCAGCACAUGCUGGGGUGUAUAGGCAGCUUAAAAGAAUUAAUACGCACCCUACUCAGAUGCCUGCUGCAUGCAGAAAGCAGCGAGUAUGAAGCCUGGUUUGAAACAGGCGAAGAUCAUGAUGAUGAGCAACGGUUAUACUGCAUAGGAGAGGAGGGUCUUGAUCGCUUAGCAAAUGCGUUUGAGAGAGACGAAGAAGACAGCAGCAGCAGCAGCAGCAGCAGCGGGAGACAGGGGAGGCAGCAGCGGGAGGCUUUGUCUGCAGCAACGCAUGUGCUGCCGCUGCUGGCUGAAGAGUUAAAGACAUUCGUUAGUCAUAGCAAAUGGGUGUAUCGAUUUGCUGCUCUUAUUGCUAUUUCACAAACAACAGAGUAUCUACCAGCUGAAGAAGAGCAGCAACUUGCUGCUGUUGUUCAUACCGUCGCAAAGUGCUUGGGUCAGCUGUCUCUGGAGCACUCACCUACAGUGCAGCAAGAGUUUGCUGCUGAGCUUCUUAACCCUUUAAUUGCUUGCUUCUCUGACCCCACACCGCGAGUGCGUAGUCAUGCAUGCGCUGCAUUUGUUAAUUUUGCUGAGGAGCUCGAGAAGCAGCAAAUGCUGCAGCUGCUGCCGACCGUCAUGCCCAAAGUUCUGCAACUCGCAGACACCGAUUCCCCUUUGUUGGUGCGACAGCAUGCUGUGACGUGCAUAGCAGUAAUAGCCGGCGUCUUAGGCGAAGACUUCACACCUUUCUAUUCUUCUGUGCUGCCUGCUUUGAUGAAGCUCAUGGUCGAUACACCCCAGCAGCAGCAGCAGCAGCAGCAGCAACAGCAGCAGCAUAAUCCCCAAGAACUCGCGCUACUCAACAGCCUCCGAUGCAAAGCCAUUGAAGCCGCAUCCAUUGUUGGAUACAGCGUUGGACGAGAAGUUUUUGCUGCAGACAGCGGCUUCGUCGUGACUCAGCUGCUGGAGCUGUACAGUCUGACAGAAGCUUCAUUAUUAGCUGCAACUAACAGCAGCAGCAGCAGCAACAGCAGCAGCAGCAGCAGCAGCAGCAGUAUGAUUGAGGGUUGGGGUUUCAGCAUCAGCAGCAUCAGCAGCAUCAUCAGCAUCAUCAGCAUCAGCAGCAUCAUCAGCAUCAGCAGCAUCAUCAGCAUCAUCAGCAUCAGCAGCAUCAUCAGCAUCAUCAGCAUCAGCAACAUCGGCAGCAGCAGCAGCAGCAUCUACAGCAGCAUCAGCAGCAUCAGCAGCAUCAGCAGCAUCAGCAUCAUCAGGAGGAGGAGGAGCAGCAGCAGCAGCAGCAGCGCGGGCAUGUCUUCAUGUGUAUGUUUGUGUCUGCAGGAUAUGACGUACGUCGUAUUAGAAGACGCAAAGGGUGUCGGGCUGCGAACAGCUUUGUUAGAAGAGCAGGAGAGAGCAUUAGAGCUGCUGCAGACAGUGCUGCUGGUGCUGCAGGAGAGUCUUGCUGCAGCAGCAGCAGCAGCAGCAACAGCAGAAGAAGUUCGAGGGCUUUUAUAUAAAACGGCAGAAACUCUAUCACCCCUACUUAAGCAUAUAUUAUCAGACAGUAUUAAAGAAAAAAGUAUUGAAGCAGCAGCAGCAUUGCUGUCUCUUCUAGCUCUCUGUCCUCAGCAUCAAGAGUUGAAGAGACAGCUGCUGCUUGUACUUCUUAAUACUUCUUUUGCUUCCUUAGCAGCAGCAGCAGACGAUGCUGAAGCAGCACAGACGCAAGCGUCUGCCCUAGCCAAAGCAAUAGAAGCAGCAGGAAGCAAUGUAUUAAAUAAACAAGAAGUGUACGAGCAGGUGACGAAGACGCAGGAGCUGCUACAAAAGAGCAGCGAGCGGAGACAGGCUUUAAUCGCAAGCCGUGAAGCAGCAGCAAAUGCUGAAGAUGAAGAUGUCGCAGAUCUUCUCGAGGACGAAGAAGCAGUAAAUUAA